CGUGUUUGUUUUAUACUGAUCGUCAAUUCGAUUUUUACUAGUGUUCACUCGAGUAUGCAGAGCUCCUCGUCAUCUACUGCAAGAGAAAGUCCUCAAACAAAGAAAAACGACAAUCAGCGUCAUUCGUCAUCAACGACCGAAGAAGGUCCCCAUCGCCAUCAUCGACGUCAACGUCGUCGUGCUCGUGAUGGCGAUAGCAAAUGUGCACCCUUUUUGGAUUGUUUCUUUGGCUGGGCACCAUGGUGGAAGCAGAGCAACAAACGUGCCGGUCCUGGCACUGAAUCCGUUUCCUCGUUGUCUAUGGCCAAAGACGAGAAACAUUCUGCAUAGUGUAUUUUGUCAUGCUUCGCCGUUUUCUUACAAUACUUCUUCUUUACUGCUGCACUACUGUCGUUGCCAUCAUAUAUUACUAUUCCAUACGAAAUCACACCAACACAUACACUCUCUCCCCAACCUUAACUUUCUCUCUAUUCUCGAAUAUUUAAAGAAAGCUUUGUGCUGGACACAGACACAUGCUUGUUCGUUGUUGUUAAUGGCAAUCCAUCGUGAAGUAAUAGACUGUUUUUCUCCUCGCUUCCAAACAACGGUGGUAAGCAUAAAAAGACACACUAUAAAACAUAUAAACAAAUACCCCUGAAAGGCUUGCCCAUGACUAGAUUUCCGUUGUGCAUUGCAUGGCGUAAAUACGGCAAUACAUACACUCAGCAGUUAUCGUUGAA